UACUACAGAUUACCAACUUUAAAUUUCUAGUGCGAGGUGGGGUUAGGGUCCGCGGAAAUAGUUUGUUAGUGGUGGAGUUUUGUGAUAGUAUUAUCCAGUCUUUGUCACGAAAAUGUUAAACACAUUUCCAGUAUUUUACCCUAGCUUGUUGCGGUUUAAAACAGUUUCUGCCACUUUCAGUAUUAAAAAAUGUUAUCCGUCAUCUUUAACCCUCAUUCGUCAUUAUGCUGCACCAAAAAGAUUUUACCGAAAAACGGGCAUAUUACGCGGUGAUGGAAAAUUUGAAAUAACUCUCGAUCAACGAAAGCUGAAAUCACCAAAAGGUAGCCCAUUUGUCAUUGAAAGCGAACCUUUGGCACUUGCCGUCGCAGCUGAAUGGGAUGCACAGAAAGGAAAAAUUCAGCAAAGUUCCAUGCACUUGAGCGGUCUCUGCAGUACAGCCAUUGACAACCCAAAUAAAUUAACAAAGUCUGAUCUCGUCCAACAUAUAAUUGGCUGCUUGGAUACAGAUACUGUGCUGUAUCAAUCUAGUGAAGCAGAUGAGCUAUAUGAACAGCAGAUACAAGAAUGGGACCCCGUACUGAAGUGGUUCUGCAAGCGCUAUGGCGUGAAACUUGAAGCUGCAAGAGAUAUUUCUGGCCCAAUUAUUGAUCAAGAAACUAAGAAUGUACUUACAAAGCAUCUUUUAUCCUAUAAUUUUUGGGCUAUUCACGGUUUCAGUUUUGGAGUUGAAGCGCUGAAGUCUGUAAUUUUGACACUGUGCUGUGUAGAGAGGUAUAUUAGUAUUGAAAAGGCUGUCCUGCUCUCUCGACUUGAAGAAGAGUUCCAGAGUGGUUAUUGGGGUCGAGUUGAAUGGGCUCACGACUUGAACCAACAGGAAACACAAGCUCGAUUAGCAGCGGCCGUGCUCUUCAUUCAUCUUAAUUCUUCCUCUACAUUUGUACAGUCCAAGAAACGAUUUGCAACAACAUGAACAUCGUCACAUGUAUAGAACUGUAAAUAAAUUAACCCCAAUCAUC